UUUCCGAAGAAAUUAGUGAAGACGAGAAAGUGCUUUCUUCUGGUUCUGCCAUGGCUAGCGAAGGGGGGGAAGGGAACUGCAUUGGUUGGGCUGCAAGAGAUGCAUCUGGAGUUCUGUCACCCUAUAGAUUCAACAGAAGGUCGCUUGGAGAUGAUGAUAUAUCUAUAAAGAUAACACAGUGCGGUGUGUGUUAUGCAGAUGUUAUUUGGACAAGGAAUCGACAUCAUGAUUCUAAUUAUCCUCUCGUGCCUGGGCAUGAGAUUAUAGGCAUUGUCACUGAUGCGGGCGCUGGUGUUACAUGUUUCAAGACCGGCAAUGUUGUUGGCGUUGGAGCUUAUGUUAAUUCUUGCAGAGAAUGUGAAUAUUGCAAUGCUUAUACAGAGCCUCACUGUGCCAAAGGAGCAACUAUGACUUUCAACUCCAUCGACAUAGAUGGUUCAUUCACAAAAGGAGGAUAUUCCAGCUACAUUGUUGUCCACCAGAGGUACUGCUUCUUGAUACCUCAAGGCUACCCACCAGCAAUGGCAGCACCCCUUCUGUGCGCAGGAAUCACUGUAUACAGUCCAAUGAAAUACUACAACAUGAACCAGCCCGGAAAAUCUCUCGGAGUCAUCGGGCUCGGAGGCCUCGGCCAUUUGGCAAUCAAGUUCGCCAAAUCUUUCGGUCUAAACGUAAUAGUCUUCAGUACAAGUGCAUCAAAGGAGGAGGAAGCCAUCCAUCUUCUUGGAGCAGACAGAUUUGUCAUCUCAUCAGACAAGCAACAGAUGCAGUCAUUUACUAAAUCUCUGGAUUUCAUAAUUGACACUGCUUCUGGGAAUCACCCACUUGAUGCUUUUGUUUCACUUUUAAAGCCGCGUGGAGUCCUUGUCAUUGUGGGCGAUAUUGAAGUUAAACUUAAAUCUGUAGACCUUAUUCAUGGUUCAAAGGCCAUAGCUGCGAGUACUGUAGGUGGUACGAAGGACAUUCAAGAGAUGUUGCAGUUCUGCGCCGCAAAUAAAAUAUAUCCAGAGAUUGAGAUUAUUGAGAUACAAUAUAUAAAUGAGGCGCUUGAGAGGCUCGUCAACAGGGAUGUUAAGUAUCGCUUUGUGAUUGAUGUGGAGAAUUCUCUGAAAUAAAUUGAAGGGGAUGAACAUGUUCUAAGAGUUUAUGGCGGACCUGUUUGUAGUUUGGUUAGUUUCCUUCAGCAUUUUGUUCCAAACUGACAGAAGUUGUGUAUUUCCU